AUGUUCAAUUUAGAACAUUUAAAUCUUGCUCUUAUUGAACAGGACAAAAUUUUUCUGGAUAAAAUUUUUUCUGAUCUAAACAUUAAUUGGAAUCGCAUUAUUUCUGAUCAACAUUUUUUGCAACUUCCAAGAGAAAAUUGCAGUAUUAUUAUUUCAAAAUACCCUUUUCAAAACAAAUCUCUCCCACACUCAGCUAUUAAUGGCAGUUUUCAAGAAACGCUUCAAAAGGACUUCAAACAAUGUUUCAUUAUCGCAACUGAUGCAUCGAAAUCGCAAAACUUAACUUCAAUCGCCGGCAUUUCGGAUCUGUCUCAAUUUGCUUUUCGAACCCACAACAUCAAUUCAAAUUUUACAGCUGAAGCUCUUGCAAUUUGCCAGGCUCUGGACUAUCUUUCCGUUCCUGAGAAACAUUUACUUCUUCUUACAGAUAGUCUUUCAGUUCUUACAGCACUUCAAAAAUUUUCAUAUAAAUCCCCAUCCAUUAUUCAUAAAAUUGUGGAAAAAUCUCAGAUUAACCAACAUAUUACUUUUCUAUGGAUCCCAGGGCAUUCGACAAUUUUAUGGAAUGAAAAAGCGGACUUGAUCGCAAAAUCAGUUACAGAAAUCAGCCCAUGCAUUGAAUGGAUCGCAUCGGAAGACAUCAUCUCAAGCAUCAAACAAAUAUCAAAAAGAAAAACAACAGACAGCUAUAGACAGAGCAAACAUUAUGAAAUUCUUGGUGAAAUUCCAGACAUAAAAAAUAUUGCUAAAUGGACAAGAAAUAGAAGAGAAGAUAUCAUUUGCGCUAGAAUAUCUACCAAAACACUCAUUACACCUGGCCUUCUACAUCGUUUUAACCUGUCGAAUCAACCAAAUUGCGAAACAUGCCACUCUUUGAAUAAUUUGGAUCAUAUCUUACUGCACUGCCGAAAAUACUCAAGCGUAAGACGUCGCUUGUGGUCGAAGUUGGGCCUCAACUCUCUUUCAAACUGUAAUUUCAAACAACUCACGAGCAAAGCAUUUGCAGAUAAACUCUCUCUCCAUAUUUUCCUUCAACACUUGAAAUUUUUUGACAUUUAUUGAUUGAAAAUAUUGUUGAACGCUGGGAUGACAGCCUUUGUAGCUAAAAAUCCCUAAAUCCCCCUCAUUCAAACAAACAAACACACUUACAGAUCAAUGGAUCAUAACACUCGCAGGAAAGAACGAAUGGAACAGUGUGCUAUUACUCGCUUUGUUUACUACUCGCUAACCAUCCACAGUAAGGUUUGCUUGGAAAUCAUAAAGGAAACCAAGGUAUGAAUGGCUGCUAAGCACAGGGCCGGCAAUCUGGGGUGUGUGGCAGAUGCUAUGCACUGGGGCCAGUCAAUUGAAGGGUUCCAACAUGAUCAAGAACUAAAAUAAUGUUCUGAAUGGUAACAGCGGGAUGGAAACAAUAGAGAAAGAAAUUUAACUGGAACAAUCGAUAGUUUUUGAAUUGUACAAAGUUUACAGGCCUAAUGAUAUUGAAAUUGUGCAUUCUCUACAUGAUUUGAGGCUAAAAUAUGCAAAAAUGACUGAAAUCAAAAAUCUAAAGAUGAUCCGGGAUCGAAAAAUCUACCAGUAGAAAUAAAUAUUUUGCGGAAUUGUCCUUAUAAACAUGUAAAGAAGGAUUAUAAGCCUUUUUGCCACUUCCUUGAAAGACUUGGUAUUUUACUAUUUAUUUAUUUAUUUUUGGAAGUUGAGAAUUUUUUUCUCUUUGGCAAAUUCUUCAUGUGGAGGAAAGUUAUAUGUAAUAUAAUAUACUGUUAAUUUGUUAUCAGGAGGGGCAUGUAAACUGGAUUAUUUUUGUUAUGAAGCAUUCAUGACUUUGUUGCUUCUGCUACCGGAAUUGCAAGGCAAUAUGAAAACAAAAAUGAAACCAAAAUGAGUUGGAUGAAAAAGCGAGACAGUUAAAGCAAACCUUUUAUGUGAAUAAGGAGUUCGAGACGUAAUAAUAAGAGUCCCGAAUUGGAAACAGCAGCAAUAUCGCCAUCUUGGAGAGGAGAUCAAUCAGUGACAAGAUUAGAGGCAAAAUUGUGCUUGCACCGCCAUCUGUCGUGGCUGAAGAUAACUCGUCGGUAGAAUGCAGAGAGAAGGGAAAGCUCAGCUCUCUUCCUCAACUAGAAAGGGGGAAACGGUGUAAAGGUUGAGGUAGAAAUGGAGACCAAUGAAUGAGCUUCAAGAUGCCUUCAGAAAUCGAUAAGAGGCAAGAGGAGCAGCCCUGCCCCUUUUUCCAUGCUGUCAAAAUUUGGAAGGAUAUUUUAAAAUGAAAUUUUAUAUGUGAAGUCAGUAAUUUUUUUCCGAAUAUUUACUGACAUUCAGUUGAAGAAAUUAAGUUAUUGAAGGAAAAACUUCGUUUCUACGGAAUCAGCAAAAUUAUUGCUCGCCUGUGGCGUUUUUUAACUAUUCAGCUGCCUAAGAUAUACACACGCUUCAGGUAUUUGAAGAAAAUGGUCUCAGUAACGAAGUUCAUGCCCCCAAUGUGAAAUGGAAAUAACAAACGAAGACAUGAUUCUCCAGGAAUAUUCAAGCCCUUUGAAGCAAAAAGACAUGAGUAGUCCCACCUCCUUGUGAGAUGAAAAAAAAAGGCAGAAAUAUUACUUAGAUAUAAAAUAUUUUAUUUUA